AUGCUGCCGGAGGCACCGCUUGAGGAGAAGGGGUCAUGUGUUGACGUGAAUUCUUUGUCUCCGCAGUUCUUAAAGAACAAGAUGGGAAAGACUGAGAAGGCUGCCAUCCCCUACAGCCAGCCCGUUCACAGUUUACAUCUGUGUGAACAACCAAAGAUUAACAGGCAGAAGAGUAAAUGUAACGUGCCGCUGACAAAGAUCACCUCGGCAAAAAAGAUAGAGAACUUCUGGCAAGAUUCUGUAUCUCCAGAAAUAAUUCAGAAGCAGGAGAAAAAGCCACUUAAAAACACAGAGAACUUCAGAAACGCCAAGUCCAAGAAACCUAUCAGCCUAACUGAAGUAAGCCAAAAAGAAAAUUACGCUGGGGCAAAAUUUAGUGACCCACCAUCUCCUAGUGUCCUUCCAAAGCCUCCCAGCCACUGGGUGGGUGGCACAGCUGAACCGUCUGACCAAAACAGGGAGUUGAUGGCAGUCCAUUUGAAAACUCUCCUAAAAGUUCAAGCGUAGUUUCCAACAUCUCUUGAGUAAUUGGCAAAGAAAACUCCAUCCAGGAAACUUAAACAUGCCUUGUUGCAACAAAAAUUGCAAAAGACUGUCAAGUCUUAUAAUCACGUUUAAAAAAUCCUUGUAUUAUAUUUUUUAUGGUUGUGUAAAUAAUGUACAUCAUGUAUUAUGUGUAUAUUCUUGUUCAUACUUUGAGAGGUACAUUUUAGUUUUGUUAUGAAAGGAUGUAUUUUGCACUGCCUCUGUGGUAGAUGUCUUGUAUAUAAAAUAUGGACAAUUUUAAGUGUGUGCUUGACACAUGAAGACUUGACUUAAUUUGCACAAGGUAAUGAAAAUUUUGGAAGGAGAGUACGGCUUUCUGAUUUUAAGGUUCCAGAUCAAAUGUGAAUGUUUUACUCAUGCACUACUGACAAUAGUUUUACAUUCUGUGUCCCAAUGGAGUAUAAACAUGGAAUUUUCAUACAAAUGUGAAGUUUUGCUCUCUGCUCUGGAAACAGUAUCUGGAAUUCCUGUUCAUCUGUUUGUUUUUAAAAUUAACUGGAAUUUGAGUAAAAUUCCAACCCAUCAAUUUGAGCACUGCUGAUUUCUUUAACAAAAAUGGUAAAAAAAAAAAAAAAAGAAAAAAGAGCAGAGCUUUCUGCCAAAAAUCCAAUUGGUCACUAAAAAAUUAAAUAAAAUAAUUUGGCCUCCCC